CGACACUGCUAGACAGAACCCCGCGCUCGCAACAUGAAGGCUGUUUUGUGCUUUUUACUGGUGGUAGCGUGCGCUUACGCCGCAGAAGAGAAGAAGACGGAAAAGCGAGGCGUGCUCGGUCUAGGGUACGGCGGCCUUGGAUAUGGGGGCCUCGGAUACGGAGGCCUCGGAUACGGAAGCCUAGGAUACGGGGGCCUCGCGCAUGCGCCUGUCGUUUCACACGGCUACUACGGCCACGGGCUCGGUCUCUACGGUAAUAGCCUCAUCGGAGGCCAUGGCCUCUACGGUCAUGGGCUCUACGGACACGGCGUGGUAGCCCCGCCAGUCAUCGGCCACUCCGCCGGCCUCUAUGGUGCUCCGCUCUUAGGCCUCGGCCACGGAUACUUACAUUAAGCUAACAAAACUUUGUGUU